AUGUUUAGUGGAUUUGGAUCAUUUGGCGGCGGAUUCGUUCCUAUGCCGCAGAAGUUUGAAGACUUCUUUAGAUGCUAUCCAAUUGAAAUGAUGAAUGAUAGGAUCAGAAAGGAAGAUGCUAAUUAUGGUGGCAAGAUCUUCCUCCCUCCGAGUGCGCUCAACAAGUUGUCAAUGUUGAAUAUCAGGUACCCGAUGCUCUUCAAAUUGAGUAGCCAAGAGACUGGAAAGGUGACACAUGGUGGGGUUUUGGAGUUUGUCGCAGAAGAGGGUAGGGCGUACCUUCCGGGAUGGAUGAUGGCCACGUUGGGGGUGAACCCCGGCUCUUUAUUGCGUAUUUCGUCCACGGACGUGCCGCAGGGACAGUUUGUCAAGAUAGAGCCACAGUCAGUUGAUUUUCUAGAUAUAUCUGACCCGAAAGCAGUGCUCGAGAACGUGUUGCGGAAGUUUAGUACCCUUACUGUGGACGACAUAAUAGAGAUCAGCUACAACAAGCGCAUUUACCGUAUUCGAGUGCUAGAGGUCAAACCAGAAUCUGAAUGCAAAUCCAUCUGCGUGAUAGAGACGGACUUGGUCACAGACUUUGCACCGCCCGUUGGUUACGUGGAGCCAGACUACCAGGCGGCCAACAAUAACACACAACGCAAGAAAAAGAACACAGUUGAUCCAGCAUCAGUGAGCAAUGGAACUAUGUCUCGACGUAUAAAAUAUGCUGAUAUCGUUAAGGAGGCUGAGCAGAGCGCUACUAGCUUUGCUGGGGAGGGACACAAGCUAUCUGGGAAGGUAGUUUCCGCCAAGGACGAUAUAAGGGAAAUAAAGAUUUCGCUAGACGGAAAGCCAGCCCCACUCAAUCUACCAGAGGGGCAGUUGUUUUUUGGUUUUCCAAUGGUGUUACCAAAGGAAGAGUCGGAGGACCAGGAAGGUUCACAGCCAAACCCGCAUUUCAAGACGCAGGGGCAGAGUCUACGUCAGAGCAAUAAACGCAAGGGUAAAAAGGACCACGAUGCCCAGAGAUCAAAGGCCCCAAAAAGUCCUGAAAUUAUCCAUAUUGAUUAA